AUGUCUCAUCAGAUUGGUGAAAUAACGGUCGACAGGGAACCUGCAAACUCCACUCCCACAACAAAAGAAGCGAACGUGGAAACCACCGGGCAGGCUACAGCCAUAGCUAUCGCAGAAGCGGAUCUCGUGCCCUCUUUGAAGAAGCUACUUCAAGAACACGAGCUGGACCAAAAUUUUCCCCGGGAUAUCCUGGACCGAAUUCGAGACUUUCUCGAAAAACAAACGAGCCAUGAUUCAGCGACGGACCUUGAGUUGGCGCGGACUCUCCAUGACGAGUGCCUCAAGCAGAUAAACUUGGCAUUAAACAAUUCGGCAUAUCCAGAAGUACGCGCCGUCGUCGACCCCACCGAUGAUCCCACAUUGCCGGUAGCGACGUUCCGAGUGUUCUUGCUGGGCACAAUAUUCACCGUCCUCGGUACCGCAAUUCAGCAGUUCUUUUCGUUCCGCAUGCCAGCCAUCAAUAUCACGACAUAUAUCAUUCAGCUACUCUCCAUGCCCCUCGGCGUAGGCAUGGCCAAAUGGCUGCCUCGUCGAACCUUAACCAUAAGACACUGGACCUUUUCCCUGAACCCAGGUCGUUUCAACGAAAAGGAACAUCUUCUCAUCGCCAUCAUGGCAAAUGUAGCCUUUGCUGGGUAUAUGCAUGGAGCAUACAUUGCAAGCCCCAUUCAAGUUCUUUCACUGGAUCGCUUUUACGGAGAAAAGGUUCUCUCUAAUAGUUCUGCGUGGCAAAUCACGACUUUCAUUGCUACACAGAUGCUUGGUUACGGCUGCGCCGGCAUCAGCAGGAGAUUCCUUGUUUCUCCCCCUUCAAUGAUAUGGCCGCGGCCCCUUGCCAGUAUUGCCCUCACAAAAGCGCUACAUAAAGACGAUGCCGAUAAGGAGGCGCAGAAUGCACCCAAUGGCUGGACGAUUUCGAGAUACCGCUUUUUCCUCAUCUGUUUCUGGGCCAUGUUCGUGUGGUACUGGUUCCCAGACUACAUUUUCCAACCUUUUGCUCUGUUUAACUGGCCCACAUGGUUUUCUCCCAGCAAUGUUAAGCUCGCCAUAAUCAUGGGCAGUUCUUGCGGGCUGGGGCUGAAUCCUCUGCCAACACUUGAUUGGAAUGUUUCGACUCACUUUGGAGAUCCAAUUGUCACGCCCCUCUUCACAAUCGUCAAUUGGGCCUCCGGUAUGGCUUUCAUGGGACUCGUCAUAGCACCAAUCGUAUACUUCACCAAUGCAUGGCACUCUGGCUAUCUUCCCAUCAACUCAAACAAAGUCUAUGACAACUCUGCAAACCUGUACGAUAUACAAAAAAUACUCAACGCCAACAUGACACUCAAUGAAGACAAGUACAAUGCCUAUAGCAUCCCCUGGCUAUCAGCAAACAUGAUACUCAAGCUCGGCGGCUUUUUCAUUCUUUAUGUGGCUGUCCCUAUACACAUGUUUCUGUGGCAUCGGAAGCAAAUCAUACAGAGCCUUCGAUCGAUAUGGGACCGUAAGACGCGCGAAGAAGAGUUUAACGAUGUGCACAACACAUUGAUGCGAAAGUACGACAAGUGUCCCGACUGGUGGUAUCUGAUUGUUGUCGCCAUAGCGUUUGUACUGGCAUGCAUAUCUGUGACAGUGUGGCCAACAGGUAUGCCUGUUUGGGGUGUUCUGAUAGCCGUACUCUUCACAGCCUUUCUUCAGAUUCCCUUUGGCAUGCUCACAGCAAUUACCAAUAUCGAGCUACCAACAAGUAUCUUGUCACUCUUGAUUGGAGGCUAUGCUUUGGAAGGGAAAGCCAUUCCGAACAUGGUUUUCAUGCUAUACAGCUAUGUGUCUACCUCGCAAGCUAUGAAUUUCGUGGCUAAUCUCAAAAUGUCGCAUUAUGCUAAAAUACCGCCAAGGGUAGUCUUUGCCGCUCAAGUCUACGCCACUCUCAUCGCGGCGUUGGUUGCUUUUGCUUGA